GUAAGUUUGAGGGGUGAAUGCAGCAUAUGGGGAUGUGUGAAACAUCCUCCUCAGCAUGAACUGUCCCCACUAAGACACUUCAGAAUGCCUCUCACCUGUGCUAGCAAAGCAGAGGUCCUGGGGUUCUAGCUGAAUUAGGAGGAAGCUGUCCCCACUAAGACACUUCAGAAUGGCUCUCACCUGUGCUAGCAAAGCAGAGGUCCUGGGGUUCCAGCUGAAUUAGGAGGAAGCUGUCCCCACUAAGACACUUCAGAAUGGCUCUCACCUGUGCUAGCAAAGCAGAGGUCCUGGGGUUCCAGCUGAAUUAGGAGGAAGCAGUACUCACUAAGGAAGCAGUGAUCCUUUGCAUAAGAAGGCCCUUAUAUUCUAAUGUCACACCACCAAUGUUCUGUAAACACCAGCCGAGAAGCUUGUAGGGAGUCACAACAUCAGCUGCUACAGAAUCACAGUGUCACAGAAUACAAUAACAAUCAGUGUCCUCCAGUCUGGGUCCACCACUAUCAACAGAUAUGAGAACAAUCAGUGUCCUCCAGUCUGGAGUCCACCACUAUCAACAGAUACAAUAACAAUCAGUGUCCUCCAGUCUGGAGUCCACCACUAUCAACAGAUAUGAGAACAAUCAGUGUCCUCCAGUCUGGAGUCCACCACUAUCAACAGAUAUGAGAACAAUCAGUGUCCUCCAGUCUGGAGUCCACCACUAUCAACAGAUACAAUAACAAUCAGUGUCCUCCAGUCUGGAGUCCACCACUCUCAACAGAUACAAUAACAAUCAGUGUCCUCCAGUCUGGAGUCCACCACUAUCAACAGAUAUGAGAACAAUCAGUGUCCUCCAGUCUGGCGUCCACCACUAUCAACAGAUAUGAGAACAAUCAGUGUCCUCCAGUCUGGAGUCCACCACUAUCAACAGAUACAAUAACAAUCAGUGUCCUCCAGUCUGGAGUCCACCACUAUCAACAGAUAUGAGAACAAUCAGUGUCCUCCAGUCUGGCGUCCACCACUAUCAACAGAUACAAUAACAAUCAGUGUCCUCCAGUCUGGAGUCCACCACUAUCAACAGAUAUGAGAACAAUCAGUGUCCUCCAGUCUGGAGUCCACCACUAUCAACAGAUACAAUAACAAUCAGUGUCCUCCAGUCUGGCGUCCACCACUAUCAACAGAUAUGAGAACAAUCAGUGUCCUCCAGUCUGGAGUCCACCACUCUCAACAGAUACAAUAACAAUCAGUGUCCUCCAGUCUGGAGUCCACCACUAUCAACAGAUAUGAGAACAAUCCAUAACAUUCACUAUCAAGUCUAGUGACCAUCAACCCGUAUCAUGUGUAUUACACAAAAGGAAAGCAUCUAUUUUAAGCAUUGUAUUAAUUGCUAACUAGCUACAAUUAGCGCAAUAACUGUAAGCCUGACAAUGACUUCCAGUCAUUGUGCUAACGCUAGUUAGCAUUGGUUCGCUAAAGUACCUCUAUCUUCAUACUGGACAAGUUCAUCUGACUCCGGGGAAGUAGAUAAAGGGCCUCGCUGCCAAACUCCCGAAGUAUCCCUUUAAGUGAAUAUGCUGAAUAUGAAUAUGUGCAUCUUAAAUUACAGUCCCCUGUUUUAGUCAUUUGACAUAGCCACCAAAAGUGUCAUGCAAAUUACCAAGAAUCUCAAUGCAUUUUCAAAUGUAACAUUACUACACAUUUCAAAGUGUGAAGAUGCCCACAAGUAACCUGCCAUUCCACGAUUAACCUGCCAUUGUAUGUUGACAGACAAUGUCAACAGACCCACCAAUGUCAACAGGCCCACCAAUGUCAACAGACCCACCAAUGUCAACAGGCCCACCAAUGUCAACAGACCCACCAAUGCCAACAGACCCACCAAUGCCAACAGACCCACCAAUGCCAACAGACCCACCAAUGCCGACAGACCCACCAAUGCCGACAGACCCACCAAUGCCGACAGACCCACCAAUGCCGACAGACCCACCAAUGCCGACAGACCCACCAAUGUCAACAGACCCACCAAUGUCAACAGACCCACCAAUGUCAGCAGACCCACCAAUGCCAACAGACCCACCAAUGUCAACAGACCCACCAAUGUCAACAGACCCACCAAUGUCAACAGACCCACCAAUGCCAACAGACCCACCAAUGUCAACAGACCCACCAAUGUCAGCAGACCCACCAAUGUCAACAGACCCACCAAUGCCAACAGACCCACCAAUGUCAACAGACCCACCAAUGUCAGCAGACCCACCAAUGCCAACAGACCCACCAAUGUCAACAGACCCACCAAUGUCAACAGACCCACCAAUGUCAGCAGACCCACCAAUGCCAACAGACCCACCAAUGUCAACAGACCCACCAAUGUCAACAGACCCACCAAGGCAGAGGUAAUGUCUGGCAGACAUAUCAGUGUGGAUGACGGAUCACCACCUCAAGCUGAACCUCGGCAAGACGGAGCUGCUCUUCCUCCCGGGGAAGGACUGCCCGUUCCAUGAUCUCGCCAUCACGGUU